GUAAACAAUGUGUGAAUAUUCUCCACUUUGUUUCUUCUCCUUGUUUUUUAUUCACAAAUUGGAAAGCCUAUAAAUUCUCUUCCUUAAUGAUUUCAACACAAAACAAAACAAAGAUGGGUUCUCUAGCACCUAUACGGCUUCCCACCAUAGAUUUCUCUGAAGUAAACAGGCACAACCGGGGAACCCUCGUAUGGGACUCAACAAAAGCCCAAGUGUUCAAAGCCCUCCAAGAAUUCGGUUGUUUUGAAGCAAUUUUCAAUGGGAUUUCGCUUGAUCUUCGCACAUCAUUGUUUUCUUCCUUGAAGCAGCUAUUCGAUCUUCCCUUAGAAAUAAAGGUAAGAAAUCUUACUGAAAAGCUCUACAAUGGCUACAUUGGACAAGCAAAAGAGGUUCCAAUCUUUGAGAGCUUAGGAAUCGAAGAACCUGAAAGUUUUGCAAAUCUCAUGUGGCCUGAAGGCAACAUUGAAUUCAGCAACACGAUACAAGUUUACGCGGAGAAGUUAAAGGAGCUGGAUGAGGUUGUGAGGACUAUGGUUCUAGAGAGCUUGAAUUUGGAGAAAUAUAUGGAUGAACAUAUGGAACUAACAAGCAAUCUUGUUAGGGUUAUGAAAUACCGUACGCCUGAGAAAGAUGAAUCCAAUAUGGGACUACUUAGUCAUGCAGACAAGAAUAUAUUGACAAUUUUGCAAUCAAAUGAAGUUGAAGGACUAGAAGUGCAAAACAAAGAAGGAGAAUGGUUCAAAGUGAAAUUCUCAGCAAACAGCUGUGUAGUUAUGGUAGGAGAAGCCUUCAAGGUUUGGACGAACAGACGCUUACAUGCAGCAACUCAUAGGGUGGUGAUGAAUGGAGAUAAAGACAGAUAUUCAAUUGGUUUCUUUUCAGUUCCAAAAUCUAACAAAAUCAUAAAAGCACCUGAUGAAAUGGUGGAUGAAGAACACCCUCUAUUCUUCAAGCCUUUUGAUUAUGGAGAGUUUUUCAAAUUCUUCCUCAAGAAAGAAAAUAUUAAUGAUAAAUAUGCAUUGGAGAAGUAUUGUGGUGUGUCAGCUGAAAACAUGUAAUAUUAUAUUGCAUGUCUAUAAAAUAUCAUAUUAUAUAUGGUAUUUCAUGACUUAAGAGGAGUAUAUAUGAAGGUACUCAUUUAAUUUAUUUUACAUAUUAUAUGUAUAUUAUUGUGACUAUGUUUUGUUUUACAUAUUAUUUGUAUAUUAUUGUGACUUUGUAAAAAGGAAUUUCAUUUCUUAAAUGACAAGUUUGAUGUA